AUGUAUGAGUGUUCCAGAAGUCAUGGUACGAGUGGUGGUGGUGGUGGUGGUGGCGGUGGUGGUGGCGGUGGUGGUGGCAGUGGUGGUGGUGAUGGUGGUGGUGGUGGUGGUCACGCCGACUGUAGAGCUGUGAGUGUGAUUGUACAUAGAUGUGCAGGAUGUAUAAGGCACUGGGUCGUCAGUCUCUGUGUGAUGGAUUCACAAGUGCCCGAUCAUGGCGAUGCAUAA